AUGAACAAUGACUACGCAAAGCCACACAAGAAAUCACUGCUGGGAGUGGCUGGAUUCGAUGGACAAGCAGCGCAGUAUGACCAGCUGGAGAAGUACCUUGACACAUAUGCCCCGUAUGCCAAGGGGGCCAGCUUUUCCGUCGAGCUCAUCAACAACGGUACAAAUCCCCAGGGCGAGUAUCCUGGGGCCGAGGCCAACAUGGACACUCAAAUUGCCGUUUCAAUGGCGUUCAGAGUUCCAGUCCGGUUUUACUCCACGGGGGGAGAGGACCACGGAUUCAUCCCCGACUUGGAUAUUUCUGACCCCAACAAUCAAUACAUCGAGCCGUGGCUACAGUUUGUCAGCUACUUGCUGGAUUUGCCCGACCGCGACUUGCCACAGGUCAUGUCCAUCUCAUACGGCGUCAACGAACAGGCGGUCCCCAAGCCGUAUGCGCUUCGAAUCUGCCAGAUAUUCGGACUUCUCACGCUCCGCGGCAUGUCCAUCAUCAUGGCGUCGGGUGACCAGGGACCAGGUGUUUCCUGCCAGUCCAACGACGGCACCGACACCACCAAGUUUCUGCCAGCAUUCCCGGCGGGAUGCCCCUACGUGACAGCAGUUGGUGCGACUGAGCAAAACUACCCGGAGAGAGCGGUGAACUUUUCGUCGGGGGGUUUCUCGGAAUACUGGCCCAGACCCGCGUGGCAGGAGGCAGCUGUGUCACGGUAUCUCGCCGCGCACGGAGAGAGGUGGAACGGGUAUUACAAUAAGGCUGGCCGAGGCUUUCCAGAUGUAUCCGCGCAGGGGAUCGGAUACCCCUUUUUCAACCACGGCCGUAACAGGGACGGGGGAGGCACCAGGUAA